GCUAAAUAUAGAAAAUAGAAGGAGUUAAUUGUCCAAUGUUAAUCAUGAAGAUAUGCUCUAGUCACAAGAGACUACUUCCCCUGGAUUAAAGAAAUACAAUAUAAUGAUUCAUAGUAUAGUUUGUCUGAAAAUAGAACCUAUUGCAUGAUAAAUAAACACAUUAUAGAUGCAUGUCAAUAAUCUAUCUGGAAAUACGAAUAUAUCAUUUAUCAAUAAAUAAAAGCAUGUAUUCAAAUAUACACAUAUUUACAUGUAUACAGGUAUGCAUUUAUAUAACAGUUGAACUUAUUCUGUAUGUUUUGAUCUGCAAGUUAAAUGUAUGCUAAUAUCUUAUUUUAUCAAUUCUUUAUUUAUUUAUUGAUAAAAUAGUAUACUAUGCUUCAGAGUUCUGUAUACAUACAAAUGAAACUAAUCAUGUCUACUAACUAAAACUUGACCUGUUUCUAUUAUUUAGAAUAGUUAUCCGUCUUUCCAUUUAACUCAUUUUCAACUUGAGUCAUAAAAUAAAGGAUUUAUUUAGUGUUCAUUCUAUUAUAAUGCUAUAUUUUUUUGGUUCAUGAAAGGCGUACUCUAUUAUAAUAAUAACAGCAAACAGCUUUUCUUCUUCUUCUUUUAAACAUAUCCUUUUAAAAGACAAGAUGAUUCAUAUAAAGAACGAUUUGUCGUAUUAUUGGCAUUUCUUCUAUCAACAACAAGGUAAAAAAUAAAAAAAAAA